AUGUACGAUCAUCUCAAGGACUUGCAGGGCGACGUCAUCCCUCGUUGCCAUGGACUCUUCAAAGGACACGUGGAGGAGGAAGAGGCCGUAUGUCUCGUCCUGGAAUAUUGCGGUGCCGAUAUUGCUGAGCUGAUGAAAGACGUCGUCACAGCUAUGCGGAAGAUCCAUUCGCUCCGCGUACGGCACGAUUACUUUUCUGCAACGAAGAUUGUUGCCGUGAAGGAUCACGCGUGUCCCAGCGCGAAUACCGACAUCGUGUUUGACCAGCUGAUGCCAUUGGUUGGCGAUCAGGAAUGGCUGAUGUGCAAUGAGAUGCGCAACGUAGCAGAGUCUAUGGAUGCAUGGAAACCUCGUACGUUCUCGUCCUGA